AUGUUGCCUGAUCAUCAAUUCCUCGUUAACAUCUCGCGCUCGCCGUCACGGGAUAACUAUGCGUUCCAGUAUUCGAAAUAUCUGCAACAAAAGAAGUACGCGGUGUUUUUGGACGAAGCGUUCGGCUUGGAGACCAUGCCGGUUCCAAGCACCAAAACCCAGCAGCACGCGCACUUGUGCCCCUCUCGGAGGCCGGAGGAAGCCUACCUGAAACCCUGGCCCUGUGUGCCUCGCGACAGGAAUAACGAUAACAUUCUGGUGGCGGCCCUGGGCCGUAGAUACCACAAAUGGAGCUGGCGAACGCAAGGUCUCAUCAACCAAGGCGUCACGAAACACGAAAUACAAUGCUGCAAGUUCCAUCCCAGGGGAGGAAUGUUGGCUACUUUAACCUGGCACCCCUGGCGGAGCGCCUUGCUGGCCGUGGGCGCCGUGACAACGAACAUCUACGCGCGCGUCGCCUUGUGGGACGCGCCUGCCGCCAGGCUGCGGGAGUACACCCUCAGCCACAAGCACUACUACCUCGACGCGAUGCUGUUCAGCCACAGGACCGGCGAAAUGGUCGUCAGCUUAUGGAACCCUGAAGACAAUGACAAGAAAAAGAAGUCGAAAUGCAGAAGGUUCUCAGCCAUCCCCGUGUAUUUAGAUAAAACAACUAAAGGUUAUUCGCUAAGA